CCUCCUCUUUCACGUUGCAUAGAAAAUGGUUGCUCGUCAAAAGAAAACUCGAAAGUUGCGAGGGCACGUUAGUGCUGGACAUGGCCGUGUUGGCAAGCACAGAAAGCAUCCUGGUGGUAGAGGUAAUGCUGGUGGUUUGUUGCACCGUAGGGCAAACUUUGACAAAUACCAUCCAGGUUAUUUCGGUAAAUGCGGUAUGCGAUACUUUCACUUGACGAGAAAUAAGUACCAUUGCCCAACCAUCAAUGUGGAUAAACUGUGGACUCUCGUUAGCGAACAGACAAGAACGCACUAUGCUGAGAAAACUGAAAAGGCCCCAGUCAUUGAUGUUGUUCGUGCUGGUUACUAUAAGGUUUUAGGUAAAGGAUUAUUACCGAAGCAAGCUGUCGUUGUUAAGGCCAAAUUUUUUAGUCGAACUGCUGAAAAGAAAAUCAAAGAUGUGGGUGGCAGUUGUGUGUUAGUUGCUUAAAUUUGUAAAAUAUAAGAUAAUAAAAAUCGUUCACAUUGGCU